GCAGAGAUAAAUCCGCCGCCCCGGAUACGAAGCGGACUCGGGUACAUUUCCUCGCCCAUCGCAGCCGAAAGGACGCACCGUGUUCGCUCGAACGGGAGUCGCCCACCGCGAACGACAACAUGUCCGCCGUGCUAAAGAGUGCCUGUCAGAAGGCUGAGGCUGUAGUGGCGGCCCUGCCCGAGCGCAUCCAGCAAGUAUUCGACUUCGCCCAGGAGAAAACGGGCGUUCAGCGCGCCUACUUCAUGCUGGGCCUGGGAGCCUUCUCGGCGCUUUAUCUCAUCUUCGGCUACUUCGCCGAGCUGCUCUGCAACAUCGUGGGCCUCGUAUACCCAGCGUACGCGUCCACGCGAGCCAUCGAGUCGGCGGACAGAAACGACGACACCCGCUGGCUCACCUACUGGGUCGUGUACGCCUGCUUCUCCAUUCUGGACUUCUUCGCGGAUGGCAUCCUACGCUUCUUCCCCUUUUACUGGCUCGUCAAGGUAGUCUUCCUCGUGUACUGCUUCCUGCCUGCGCGCUUCAACGGCUCGGCGCGCAUCUACAACAGCCUGAUUCGCCCGUACUUCCUCAAGAGCAGUGGGCAGAUCGACAGCGCAUACGCAAAGAUGGCCGCUAAAGCGUCCUCUGCCUUCGACAGUGCAUUGAAGGAUUCGUUUGCCGGCAAGCAGCAGUGAUACGUUUAAGCGACGUUCAAACGCGGUUGUGAUGGUUGGGUGCUUAAGGCUCUUGGAAGCGUCGUGCUGAUUGUCGUACACGUCUUAUCUUCAGCAGGAUGCGUGGUUAUGUGAACAGAUGAGGCAGGAACGGCUCAUCUUCUCGACGGCAGUCCGGUUCAGAUCAAAGUACAAGUUGGAAUGUCUGCAAAAGAAGUUGCGAGGCUGCUAUAAAACAACGUAUCAAGACAUGGACAAACUUUACCGCGUGGCUGCUUGUGUUUAAAGCGUGAAGUUGGUCACCGUAUCCUAAGAGUCUGUUUACAUGACUCCGAUUUGUUGCUGUGCGUUUGUCAUUUUCCGAGUGAACCAAAUUCUCCGUUUUGGAGAGAAUACUUUAAUCAUGGCAGAAUAAACCAUGCAUCCUAUGUGUUUCUUCCGGUA